AUGGAUUUUAAUCUCUUGACGGACAGUGAUGCCCGUAGCCCGCAGCUGUCGCUCUCCGACUCUGGAACCCCGCAACACGACCAGGGAUGCAAGGGCCAGGAGAGCAGCGACACAGACAAAUCCCACCAGAACCAGCUGGAUGAAUCGAGUAUUGAUGAUGGCUCACUAAAGAAGAAGCAGCGGAGACAGAGAACUCAUUUCACUAGCCAGCAGCUCCAGGAGCUGGAGGCCACAUUUCAGAGGAACCGCUACCCUGACAUGAGUACCAGGGAGGAGAUUGCAGUGUGGACCAAUCUCACAGAGGCACGGGUCAGGGUAUGGUUCAAGAACCGGCGUGCCAAGUGGAGAAAGCGGGAGAGGAACCAACAGGCCGAAUUGUGCAAAAAUGGCUUUGGUGCCCAGUUUAACGGACUCAUGCAACCCUAUGAUGAUAUGUAUACAGGGUACUCAUACAACAACUGGGCCACUAAGAGUUUAGCAACCACCCAACUCUCCGCCAAGAGCUUCCCAUUCUUUAACUCAAUGAAUGUAAGCCCCCUCUCAUCCCAGCCCAUGUUCUCCCCCACUAGCUCUAUCCCCUCCAUGAACAUGGCCUCAACCAUGGUGCCCUCAGCGGUGGCUGGAGUGACUGGCACAGGCCUCAACAACUUGGGAAACCUCAACAAUCUCAACAGCCCCACAGCACUCAACUCAGCAGCAGCCACUUGCCCAUACGCCAGCACAGCCAACCCUUAUAUGUACAGAGACACCUGCAACUCCAGUCUGGCCAGUCUGCGACUUAAGGCCAAGCAGCACACCAACUUCGCUUAUCCCACUGUGCAGAAUCCAGUGUCUAACCUGAGCCCUUGCCAGUAUGCUGUCGACCGGCCGGUAUAAAAAGGUAUCUCCACUCUGAGUUCUCUAUUGGCCCACUUCCCCUCUCUUCAAUUGCUUGCCAAAACGGCAUUAAGACUGAGAGACUAAAUCCAAUGGAGCAUACACUUUCUCCCAGCUGAUACAAGAAAUGGACAUGCCUGUAAUGGACCACCCCGGUGCAAAGGAAAACUCACUUUGUAAGACUUUGCCAACUGACCAACUGCAAGCAUUUCUUAAAAAAAAAAAAAAAAAAAAAAAAGCCCAAACCUCUUUCUAUUAAUGUCCUUUUCUAAAUUGCAUGAUUAGAGUAAACUUAGUAGCCAAGGAGGAAUGAGACAGGAAGGUUUCAAUGGACUAAAGAUCAACAUCUUAUAAAUGAAGGAAAAGGAAACUCUGGUUUUAUUGUUGGAAAAAUCUCGGCUGUACAUAGAAUUUUCAGUUUUGUCGGUGAAAUAAUAGUAUAACAAAAAUAGGGCU